AUGGCUUCUCUACGCCUCACUGGCGAGGAGGCACUGAGGGGUGCAGCUCCUCUGCAGUCUGUGGACUACUUAGAGUCCCCCACGAGAGACCAUUUGUUUGUAUUGUGGCGCAGAGGUCGUCAGCGGGGUUCCCACCUCGACGGGGCUGUGAUACUUUCACUUUUUGUUGCUCUUGCUGCAGCUUACUUGGUGUUACGUUGUGGUCUUCAAUUAAAAACUCGAAAAGGAUCUGGCGGGCUGAGGUCGCUUGCAGAUGCAGGGGAAGAAGCAGGAGCCGCUCAGCAGGCCUGCGCAGAGGCGGAAGGCGGGGGCUCGGGAGCUGGUGCUGCAGAGACAGCAGGCGGCGACUCACCGGGAGCUGCUGCUGCUGCGGGGGGCGAGGGCGGGAGCUUGGGAGCUGCUGCUGCAGAGGCAGAAGGCGGUGACCCAGGAGCUGCUGCUGCUGCUGCUGCUGCUGCUGGGGCGGAAGGCCGUGACCCAGGAACUGAUGCUGAUGAAGCGGAACUGGAUGAUGAGAGGAAAGAAUUGGCUUCCAGGGCUUCGGCGUACAUGAGGAAAUUGGCGGACUUCACGAAGCGCGCAGCGCCAGUGUUGCAGAGGCUCCCUGUGGAUGCUAUUCGGGAAGCUCUAGGGGGCGUUCUGAUUUUGGCUGUGGUGGAAAUGACUUGCAUGGGCACCCUGCUAAAGGGUGAAGAGCGAAAAGGCAUACAAGUUAUUGUUGAUAAAAUCUUGGGGGCGGUACGCCAGUCGACAAGUAGCCUUCCUAGAAAGGCUCUUCCAGUCACUACAUUCCGCCACUUCAGGUUCCUCAAGGAGCUCUUGAUGAGAAUUCCAAGUAAGGAUCCCACCGAACUCCCGUUACGCCAGCGUUUGGAAAGGCUAAGAGAAGUUUUGACUGUGCAAGAGAUAGCGGUCGACCAAAUGUUGCGCGGAUUGGAUGCUAUGGAGGAACUUUGUGAAGACAUAGAGUGGGUGAAGUCUAAGUUAGGAGCAGAGAAGUUUGCCACAAUUUUCAAAAAGACUGCAGCCAUCCGCAGAAACCACGUGCUUCGCGAAAGAAUGUUCGGUGUUUGGCUGGUAAUGCAGCACAAGAUGUUCUGUCACUACGGACUCAGCGCCUACCCUCACAUGCAGUCGCUUACUAACCAGGGCGCAAAGACUCAGAGAGAGCAGCUGGACGAACUAAAGGACUCCCCACUGGCGCUGCAGCUGCUCAUGCCAAAAUAUGGAUAUAAAGGGGGACUGCCACAGCCAAGAGAGACGAAAUCCAGAAGACGAAGAAGUGCACAAACUAGAGCCCCGGCUCAGAGUGCACAGAGGCACUCUCCAGAGGCUGCAGAGCAUCGAGAGAAUAUGCCUUUUAGAGAGCAGUACGUUAUUCCCCCUAGAUUUAGAAAGCAAAUUGAAGAGUCAAAGGCCGAAGAAGCUCCACAGGUGACUCAACCUUCCCACCCUAGAAAUGAUGGCGCCAGUGGCAGCAGCUCUCCCAGUCGCCCGAAGGGGGCUGAGUCCACCAAGGGCUCAAAAGGUGAGAAGCGGUCAGCUUCACGGCGGAGUCCUCCUUCAGGAUCUGUGCGCCGUUCCCAAAAACCAGGUCCCUCGAAGUCUCCUGAAAAAGCUGCUGCUCCUGCUACUCCUCCGCCGCAGGAAGACCCGAAAGCAGCGGAUCGUGAGGGUUCUUCUUCAGCAGCAGCCCCCAAUAGUGCCGUUGAGUCCAUUGAUCACCCCAGCACUUCGAGCCAACCUAGCUGGCCUGAAGCAGCUGAUCCACCCAGGAACGAAGAACUCCCCCGAGAAGAGGAAUCCCGCGAAUUCAGUGCGCGCUACGAAACGCGCAGCUCGCCUGAGGCACCACAGAGCCGUCCUGCUCCAGGCUUUCCACAGGUUCCUGAUUACCCUCCACAGGUUCCUGCUUACACUCCCCCGCAUGGUUUUCAAACGGCUGGGGAACUGGGUAGGCCCACAGGCACUCCCGAACACUAUGGGUUUCCUGUGGGACGCGGUUCCAGUAGGGAUCUGGCUGAACAAGGGGCUUCUGCUUAUCCUUUCAUUUCUGAUGCUCGUGUUUCCCAGAAGCAACCCGAGGAUUUCCCGCCAGCGGCGCUCCAUACGGGUUUUGCGGGUGCUGGCUCUCCUCAGCAGCAGUAUGGCUUUCUUGGCCCUCCCGGGGCCCCUGUUCGCUCUCGAGCUCCCGAAGGUCCCCCAAUUAGUUUGCCGGGCUUUCCUCAAUCCAGCCAUCACUUGGCUGGACCCAUCGGAGGCCAAUAUUCUGAGCGGCUCCAGGUUCCUGGGCCUCCCGCUUCACCGAGGAAGAUGCCGCCGGGCCUGUUUGCAGCCCCCGGCUACUUCCCUUUUAGUCGACCUAGCUUGCCCCGUGCUGGAGCUAGUUUUACUUCCCGUGCAGCUGCGGACAGCCCAUGGCAAGUUUCGCCAUCUGACUUUCCUGGCGCCUUUUCUUCACCUCCGCCGUUCAUUCCUCCUGAGUCUUUCUUCCCAGGUGAACGCAGCCCGGAGCCCACCCAAGGCUUUCACUCUGGUGACACUUUUUCCCCAAGUUCUUUCUCAGUUUCUCCCCCGCCUGGCUUUGGAAGAAACGCCGGAAGGCGCUCCUUCCCUGCGGGCCACAGAGAAGAAGCCUCGUGGGCUGGUUUGCAGCACUCUCAGCCAAACCUAGGAGAGCUGCAGCGUAGUACGACGCAGUAUUCUCGUGGAAAUUCGGAAGAGGAAGUUCUGCUGGAAUUGGGGGUAGGAAGUUCUUUGUUAGACUGGCCCGCGGGGGCGCUGAGAAGCCCCAUGGCGGCAGUCGAUGCAGGUGCUGCUUGGCAGACACCCUGGUCAACUCAAGACGACGAUACUCCCCCAACUUAUCGUGAUACUUCUUCUGUUUUUCCUGAAGGGGGCGGCUGGUGGACAAGGAGUGCUCCCCGACCCCCCUCGCCGGACUUUGAGAAGGCCCCGGGAUCCUCUUCGGCUAGGCCAACAUGCACACGCUCCACGUUCAAAGGAAUGGCUACGGGAGAGCCCAAGCCGGAGUCUUCUCACGGCAAGGAACAAUAG